CUCCUCCUUGGCUAAAGGUUCAUUGGUGUGUGUUUAACGAUAGCAGAGUGUGAUUGUUAAUAGUUUCGGCUACAAUGUCUGGCCGUGUUCUUGUUGGAGUUAAACGUGUCAUUGACUAUGCAGUAAAGAUUCGUGUAAAACCAGAUCACACUGGUGUCGUCACAGAUGGCGUGAAGCACUCAAUGAACCCCUUCUGUGAGAUCGCUGUGGAGGAGGCGGUCAAACUGAAGGAGAAAAAGCUCAUUGAAGAAGUUGUGGUUGUCAGCUGUGGGCCACAGCAGUCACAGGAAACCAUUCGUACUGCCCUCGCCAUGGGAGCCGACCGUGGCAUUCAUGUGGAAGUCAGUGGGAAAGACUACGAAGCUCUCGGACCCUUGCAAGUCUCCAAGAUCCUGGCUGCUUUAGCCAAAAAAGAGGAGGCUCAACUCGUCAUCCUUGGCAAACAGGCCAUCGAUGAUGACUGUAAUCAGACUGGCCAGAUGACCGCAGCCUUACUUGACUGGCCUCAGGGUACUUUUGCAUCCGAGGUUUCAUUGGAAGGAGAAAAGAUUAAGGUUGUCAGAGAAAUUGAUGGUGGGCUGGAGACUAUUAAGAUCAACUCACCAGCCGUGUUGACUGCAGACCUCAGACUCAACACCCCCAGAUAUGCCACUCUGCCUAAUAUUAUGAAAGCAAAAAAGAAGAAAAUUGCUAAUGUGAAGCCAGCAGAUUUGGGAGUGGACCUCACUUCACGGUUGGAGGUGCUGAGUGUUGACGAGCCCCCACAGAGACAAGCAGGGAUGAAGGUGGAGACGGUGGAAGACCUGGUGUGCAAACUGAAGGAGGCAGGGAAGGUAUAGAGGCUUAAUGAGCAAAAGCUCAGGAGCGCACAUCCCAACAGUGGAGGACUCUGGUGAACAACAGGACUGUAAUUCAUAACGACACCCACAGGAUGAGUUCAUGAAUCAGUUUUAUUCCCUUGAUUAAGACCGCAGCUCCUGAUUAUGAACUUUACUGAGAAACCCUGUCCAGACAGUAAAUUUUAACUCCAAUAGGUGACCCAUCUGAAUCUUUUCAUCUAGUUAUAACAGGCUUUAUAAGCAAUGAAUAAAGUUCGAAGGUUUGUGUAAUUCAAGUUGUUGAUCGUAUAAACUGUACACUAACUCCAUCUGUACAAUUCACCUGACGGCUGCAGCUUUUGAAUCUUGUAAUGUAGCCACACGUGUUCAGAGGUGUCAAUGAUCUGUGCAGAUAAAGACCCAGACAUGUGGAGAUGAUUACAUCCUGCAAGAUAAACAUCAAGACUGCUGUUAAACUGUACAGUUAAUAUAUAUGUGACUUUGUUUAGGCUUAAUCAAACAAUGCAUCUCAGUAUGUGUGGGGGGGGGGGGAUCACAAAUCUGAAAUUUACCAUAAGCGCCUCAGUUCUCUGUUGAUUGUACAGAAUAGCACCAUAAAAAUAAAGCGACCAGCCUUUUUCAUGUUUAGAGCCA